AUGAACCCACAGGACCGCGCGCUGUGGGGCCUCCGCCCCUGCGUGAGCGCGUCCAAGGCCCGGGACAUGCUUGCGCUCGAGGACUUUGCCAAGCUCUUCCGCAACGAGGUGCUCAACAUGGUCAGCGCCUUCCUCGCCGACCGCCACUACUCGUUUGCGGGCUUCAAGGGCGCAUGGAAGGCGCAUGGCCUCUCGCGCAUGUACCAGAUCGACUUUGCCUCGGUCGCGCGCCCCGAGAUUGUCCACAUGAUGCUGCGCGAGGCCUUAGGCCUCCUCGUCGAGUCGAUUCUCGCCUGUCGCCAUGGCACGCGCGAGCACCAUGACCAGUACGUCGUUGACGCCUUGCGCCUCAAGGUACUCGGCCAUACGUUCACGCUGUACACGGUCUACCAGUGCCAAAGCACGCCGAUCAAGCAAAAGAUCCUCCUCGAUAUUGAGUCAGCCAUGCACAUAUCGCUGGCGCAAACGUGGUGCGACGCCUGGGGCGUGCUGUACCCAGACGCGAGCCACGAAGCACAAGCCAUGCUGGUACGCUUGGACCGCGACCACGCCUUUCUUCGGUGUAUGCACGGCUACAACUGGGUGCGUCGAACGGAGUUCACGGCGCCGCCGCCGGCCGAGCCGGACGAGAUCCCCGAGGCUUUCGAGCCCUUUGAGCCGCUGGAGUUUGAUUUGGCGCUCAAGCAUCUCCAUGCGAGUUACCAGGAACAUAUGAAGCCGUUCCGACCCAAGCCCGGCGCGCCCUCGGCCCGACUGGCACGCCCGACGAUUCGCAUUCCCACGAUGCCACCCGCGCCCCAGCAAGACGAGCUCGAUGGGUUCAUGGACAAGUUUGAGAAAACGUUCGAAGAGAUGCGCGCGACGGCCGCUGCUGCCGAUCUGGUGCAAGGCAUGAACCUCGAAGCGCUGGCAUUUGGCGACUUGCCCGAUGAAGACAGCGGCGACGAGCUUCCGGCGUUCGACGUGGUAGGCGACUCGGCACUCGAGGCACGCGAGAUGCACACUGACGACACUGUUGCGAACGACGACGAGGUUGAUCCUGGCGCCGAGCAUGAACCGGAUGACAACGGCAUCGACAACGACCUCGACGACAACGGAAUCGACUACGACUCCGACGACAACGGAAUCGACUACGACCCCGGCGACAGCGGCAUCAACUACGAUCCUGGCAAUGCAGACGACGACAGUCGCAGGGCGACAGAUGCCGCCGCGCCACCGGUGAACACGCUCCAAGGUGAGGCUCUCCAGCAGCUCGAAGCACAACUUGAGGCCGAGCUUGAAGCCGAGCCCGAGAGGCAGCCGCUGGCCCACGGGACGAACGGCGGUGACGACGACGAUGACGACGUUAUGGGCAUGCUGCUCUCCGACGGGUCGGACUCGGAUGUCGAUGAACGCGCGCCGUCGACGCCGGAAGUGGCUGCACAAGGGCUUGUCGCAAUGCGUGGCGGUGUCGCGUCAACCACCGAUCUCGCGCCGUCGUCGGAACUGACACCAGCCAACGCGAGCGUCGCGCCAGAGCAAAGCACUGCGGGCGCACUAUCGAUGGACGCUGACUUGUCGCUCUCAGUCAAUGACAGCGCCGACGCGCCGACAGCAACAGCCUCGACCGUGCCUCUUGCCGACGACCAGUCGUCUCCGACCCGACUGGAAUCGGACGCCGAGUUGUCCUUGUCGGACGACAGCGACGAGGCACCGGCACCCCAAGCUGUCGCUGCCCCUGCGAGUACUAGCCCCCAGAGGUCAUCGGCGGACCAAACAUCCAUCGGAAACGUCAAUUUGGACGCGGAUCUAUCCUUGUCGGACGACAGUGACGCCGCGCCGGCCCAGUGGAAGCAUCAACUUGGAUGCUGA